AGGUGGCUCAAACAGGCAAUGUGAGGUGUUUUGUUUCGCAAGACCGGACAAACUUCCCAAGGGUCUGGCGAUGCUGUUCUUCUCCUUCUUUCGCACGCUGGUCGACCGAAACGUGCAGGUGACCGUGGAGUUGAAAAACGAUUUGUGCAUCACAGGAACUUUGCAGUCAGCAGACCAGUUUCUGAAUCUGAAGCUCGCAAAUGUCAGCGUAAAUGAUCCGGACCGAUAUCCUCACUUGCUAUCAGUCAAGAACUGCUUCAUCCGAGGAUCUGUAGUUCGAUACGUCCAUCUGCCGGCGCACGAGGUGGACACGGAGUCGCUGCAGGAUAGCUGUCGCCGAGAAGCGAAACAGGUCGGACCAAACAGGUGAAAUGAUAUGUGCCCUUCCUGCGGAGUGGGAUGCUCCGCAACAAAGCGGGAGCACCAAAAGGUUGCGCAUGGCAAGCAUAUUUUAUACUUUUGUACUGUUUACACUAUCUGCAGAGUCUAAUGGU